AUGAAUGAGCACGGCUUUGCGCCGCCGGCCAACACGGGGCACACCCUGGAGGAAUGGGGUCUGAAAGCCCUGCAGCACCUGCCACCUUCAACUGCCAUGGAAGAGGUCCGAACGGCGAUCCCGGUGGAGAGAAUCCCCGAGUUCCCAUUGACGAUUCCCGAAUGGGUGACAUCACAAUCUUCGAGUGAUGGCCUCUCCCGCCUCUUGACUCUUGUUGAUUUCAUCAAAGCGUCCGGCUCCAACGCCUGGAUUUACGUGGCGACACACACACAAAUCACCUCCCAAUGGAGCCAGUUAAUGGAACUGCAGACUAGAGGGUGCUCAUUACCGCUGUUUGGCGUGCCCUUUGCCGCCAAAGAUAAUAUUGAUGUCGCUGGGUGGCCCACAACGGCCGCUUGCCCAGCGUAUGCGGCCUUCCGAGGCGCAGUCGCCGAAGAUGCACCCGUCAUUGCGCGCCUCAGGGCCGCGGGCGCCAUUGUAGUCGGGAAAACAAACUUGGAUCAGUUCGCUACAGGACUGGUGGGCACGCGCAGCCCUUUCGGCGCCGUCUCCAACGCCUUCGACCCGGCACGGGUCAGCGGUGGCUCCAGCUCGGGCAGCGGCGUCGUCGUCAGCAAGGGAAUCGUCCCGUUCUCGCUCGGUACUGACACUGCUGGCUCAGGUCGUGUCCCUGCCGGCCUGAACAACAUCGUCGGCCUUAAACCUACACGCGGUGCGCUGAGUGCCAGGGGCGUUGUGCCCGCGUGCCGCACGCUCGACUGUGUGUCCAUCUUCGCACUCACCGUCGACGAUGCCGCUACAGUCCUCCGCGCCGCAGAGGGUUACGAUUUUGAAGAUUCUUACUCGCGAGAACGCCCUGCAGAAUUAUCACUUAGCAAGCCAGUUGGAUUCGGAAAUAAAGCCCCUCGAGUCGCCAUCUGCCAGAGCCCAAACUGGUUCGGCAGAGAACACCAGUCUGAGGCAUAUGAAGCGACACUCCAGGUAGCUCAAAACCUGGGGUGGAAUCUUGAGCCAGUAGACUUUUCAGAUCUUUUCAAGCUUGCUAGCUUCUUAUAUGAAGGCCCAUGGGUCGGUGAGCGAUAUGCCGCAAUCCGGGAGUUUAUCCAGACUCAUGGCGAGGACAUGGAUCCUGUGGUACACGGUAUCAUUAAGAAAGCGGAGAAUUUCACCUCAGUGGAUCUGUUCGAGAACGAAUAUCUACGCCAGGAUCUUACUCGCAAGAUCACAAGCCAGUUCGCCGAUUACGAUGCCCUGUUGGUUCCCACUACGCCAACCUUCCCUACGAUGGAAGAUUUAAAGCGUGAACCUGUGCGGGAAAAUUCAAUUCUAGGAACUUAUACCAACUUCGUUAACUUCCUCGAUUGGUCUGCAGUUGCGAUACCUUCCGGAUUUCGCGCGGAUGGCCUGCCUUUUGGCAUCACGCUUAUUUCAGAUAAGUGGGAGGAGCCCAAGCUGCUGGAUUUCAGUCGAAGGAUUCUCUCCAUAUCUGAGAGACCGCUAGGGGCCACCUACAAAAUUUAUAGAGAACCUCAACCGGAAGAAACCAGCAGCAGUGCGGCCAAUGAUGACACAAUCUCUAUAGCAGUUGUUGGAGCACAUCUCCGAGGAUUUCCCCUCAACAAGGAUUUGGUCUCCAGAGGCGGAACCUUUGUGAGCACGACCAGAACCGCACCGAAAUAUCAGUUGUUUGCUCUUGCUUCCACCUCGUCGCCGAUUCAGAAACCUGGUUUGAGGCGAACCGAGGAUGCUGUCUUGGGCACGGCUAUAGAAGUCGAGGUCUGGAGCCUUCCGCAGUCGCAGUUUGCCAGCUUCAUUCAGACUGUGAAGUCGCCGCUCGGGAUCGGCUCUUUGGAGCUAGAGUCUGGCGAUUGGGCACAUGGCUUCGUAUGUGAGCCAUACGGUAUUGAUGGUGCUGUCGAUAUCAGCCACUUCGGAGGCUGGCGUGGCUACACCAGCAGUUGCGCGUCGGCCAAAGACACGCCGCCGCCCACACCUCCGGUGCAACCGGAGCCCACAAAUUCCCAACAUUUGAAUACUGAGAAGGAUGUAACCACGUUUCCAAAACCAAACAUCAAGCGAGUGUUGGUCGCCAACCGUGGCGAAAUCGCCGUACGGCUCAUCAAGACCCUGCACAGAAUGGGCAUUGAGUCUGUUGCCAUCUACUCAGCUGAUGAUGCUUCCGCGGCCCACGUCAAGCAGGCGACGGUCGCCGUCCUUCUGGCGGGCAACAGCGUAUCUGAGACGUACCUCAACGGUACCCAAAUUCUGAAGCUAGCUGUCCAGGAGAAUGCGGACGCGGUGAUACCAGGAUACGGCUUCCUUGCCGAGAACGCAGACUUCGCCAAGGCUGUUGAGGAGGAAGGAUUGGUCUGGAUAGGACCCACGCCGGCUCAGAUGCGCGACCUGGGCAUGAAGCACCGCGCUAGAGACAUAGCUAUGGAGGCCGGGGUGCCCGUCGUACCUGGAAGCGCUCUACUGGCGAGCGUCGAAGACACGGUCUCUGAAGCGAACCGUAUCGGUUAUCCAGUCAUGCUAAAGAGCACGGCCGGUGGCGGCGGAAUUGGACUGCGCAUGUGCGAAGACGAGGCAUCGCUCGUCGAGGGCUUCGACGCAGUGCAGCGCCUUGCAAAGGCCAGUUUUGGAGACGGAGCUGUCUUUCUCGAGCGCUUUGUGCAAAAGGCGCGGCAUAUCGAGGUCCAGGUCCUGGGAGAUGGCCAAGGCAACGUCGUUUCUAUUGGAGAGCGCGACUGCUCCCUGCAGAGGCGCAACCAGAAGGUCAUCGAGGAGUCUCCAGCAGUGUUUGUCCCUGAGCACGUUCGCGAGAACAUGUGGAAAGCUGCCGUGUCGCUGACUUCUGCGGUCAAGUACAGAAAUGUGGGCACGGUCGAGUUCAUAUUUGACGUUGAUAAAGAAGAGUUCUUCUUCUUGGAAGUCAACACACGCCUGCAAGUCGAGCAUCCCGUGACAGAAGAAGUCUCAGGGUUGGACCUUGUGGAGUGCAUGCUCAAUGUAGCAAAGGGUGUCACGAAGUUGCCUGAAUGCCGGAUUAAAGGAGUUGCUAUCGAGGCACGAAUAUAUGCAGAGUGCCCUUUGCAGAACUUUCGUCCCUCUCCUGGGCGACUCUUGGAUGUUGAGUUCCCUAGCAACAUCAGGGUCGACACUUGGAUAAAACCAAACACCGAACUAUCGCCGUUCUAUGAUCCCUUAAUUGCGAAAAUCAUAGCCGUGGCCGACACUAGAGAAGAUGCAGUUUCCAAGAUGCUCGAAGCCUUGCGAGCGACUAUUAUUACCGGGGUAGAGACCAAUAUCGAAUAUCUCACUCAAAUCGUCAGCUCCAGAAUGUUCAGCGAUGGAAGCUUCCACACAAAGUCACUCGAUGACUUUGUAGUAGAGAGCCAGGCCAUUGAGAUUUUAGAACCAGGAGCCUCGACGACAGUUCAGGAUUAUCCAGGCCGUGUGGGCUUCUGGCAUAUCGGAGUUCCUCCCUCAGGCCCCAUGGAUAACUAUUCACUGAGGCUUGCCAACCGACUCUUGGGCAACCUUGGAGACGCUGCGGCGUUGGAAUGCACUGCCCAAGGGCCUUCCAUGCGCUUCCAUUCCGAUGCGGUAAUUGCCGUAGCUGGAGCACCGGUCGACCUGCAUAUCGACGGACAGCCGGCAGAUGCUCAAAAAGCGGUUUCGGUUAGGGCCGGGCAAAAACUCACCAUCGGAACUAUGAAAAACGGCUAUCGCUGCUAUUUGGCCAUCCAAGGCGGAUUUAACGUGCCGGAAGUGUUUGGCAGCAAGUCGACGUUUACUCUUGGCAAACUUGGUGGACACAAUGGUCGGGCUCUUCAAGCUGGAGACAUCCUGCGCUUCAUUGGCCAUGAAGGCGGAACCUUCAAAUCUGAACUACCAUAUGAAGGCUUGACUGCCCCAGCUAUUCCCCUUCCCACUCCUGAAGAGCCAGUCUGGAAACUGGCUGUAGUCCCUGGCCCGCACGGAAGUCCAGACUAUUUCACUCCGGAUAGCUUUUCUGAUCUCUUCACGAGUGAGUGGACCACGCAUUACAACAGCAAUCGGCUGGGAAUUCGUCUCACGGGACCCAAUCCGGACUGGGCACGGGCGACCGGUGGUGAAGCAGGUCUACACCCAUCCAACAUUCACGACAACCCAUACCCUAUCGGAGGUGUUAGUUUCACCGGCGAUGAGGCGGUGGUGUUGACAUUCGAUGGGCCGAGCCUAGGCGGGUUUGUGGUAUUUGCCACAGUGAUCAAAGCAGACCUUUGGAAACUUGGCCAAUUGCGGCCCGGUGAUCGCAUCAUGUUUUACCCCGUUACGGUUGACGAGGCUCUAAAGAUGAACUCUUUACUUGAUUCAUCCAUCGAAAAGCUAACCGCUUUAACGGUGUCGGAUCCCUUCAACGAAUCACCCGUCACUGAUGUUCUCCCUCUCGUACCCAGCAUAUAUCAGUUCGGUAACAAGGAUUUCCAAUUCAGUGCCCGACAGGCUGGAGACUGCGCGAUGCUUCUCGAGUUUGGGAAUUAUGACGGCUUCAACCUCCGGCAGACAAUUCGCAUCGCCGAUUUCAUAGCACGCCACAAAACCCAGCCGAUUCCAGGAGUUCAGGAGUUAACAUCAGGAGUGAAAACAUUGUUGGUCAACUAUGCGUCAGACGUACAGCCAUCUGUUAUCCUUUCAGCCCUCACAGAACAUGCCCAGGCUACAUCUACCGAUCUUUCACAUAAUUAUCCAUCUCGCAAGGUCCGCCUCCCGAUUGCGUUCGAUGACACAGUAAGCAAGGCUGCAGUCGCAAGAUAUGCCGCCACACUCCGUGCCUCGGCUCCAUAUCUUCCCAGCAACGUCGAAUUUCUACAGAAACUCAACUUUCAAGACGGCGACGGUGAUGUGGAAACGGUGAUGAACUCGGCUACCUUUCUUGUCCUCGGCUUAGGCGACGUGUAUCUAGGCUCACCAUGCGCCAUACCAUUGGACCCGCGGCAUAGAUUGUUCGGAACGAAGUACAAUCCUCCCCGUUCAUUCACUCCGCUCGGAUCCGUAGGCAUCGGCGGCCAAUACCUAUGUAUAUAUGCGGCGGACUCACCAGGUGGCUACCAGAUUGUGGGCCGAACGAUACCUAUUUGGUCCAACGAUAAAAACCGGCAAGUAAGUGAGUCGAAUGAAGACCGAAGAACCCUACCUUGGCUCUUUGAAUUGCUCGAUCAGAUCAGUUUCUAUCCCGUCAGCGAAGAACAACUCGAUGCUGCCAUUGCUACUGGACAGACCGAGAAGCUGGUUAUACUAGAAGAAGGGGCACUGAGUGUCACUGAAUACGAGAAGUGGCUCGCGGAAAACCACCUUGACAUCGAGGCAGUGGUUAAAGCUCGCGGAGAGACGAUGCGUCAAGCAGAUGUACACAAGGAGCUGCUCCAGCCGUACAAACCACCCAAUGUUGCAACACGGACAGUUGAUGAGACAGAUAUCGCCGAAGAAGACGGAGAAAGAGUGAAGGCACAGAUUCCCGGGAGGUGUUUCAAGACUGAAGUUGUGGAAGGUGACUUUGUCGAGGAAGGAAGUACAUUGAUUUGGAUUGAAUCAAACAAGAUGGAAAUCAAAAUCCCAUCCCCGUUUAAAGGAGUUUGCUCUAAAGUUUUGGUCAAGGAAGGAGAUCUACUUGGCCCACAUGAUGAUGUAGUCCUCAUCAAGCGAGCAUAG